AUGCGGCGACACGCCGAGAAUGUCGCGAAGGAUGGCGUGUAUCUCGAUGUGUUGGACGUGAUGCUGUGUGCUCGGUUGCAUGCUGUGGACUUGAGACUGGUGUUGAACAUGGAUCCGGAAGCAACUGGCGAAUCCACACUCGAGUCCGUUUCUGCUGGGGCGUAUCUUGAAGGGCUGUCAGGCUGGCGGAUUAGGGAGCCGGAAGAGUGCACCAUGACCUCGGUGAUCGCCCUGACUCGAGCCGACUUCGAGCCGGCUGCCUCGCCGGCUGAGCUCAAUCACUUUAUCCCAUGCUGGACCGCCGGUGAGAAGCCCUGCGAGGAGGAGGUAGAGCGCCUCAGAGAGUGGGGGAGGGACAUGAGGCAUUGCUUUCUGCAGCAGAUUGCCGAGUGCGACGAUGCGACUCUACCACACACAGAAGCAGCCCGAGAUGUAGGGGCAGAUGGCAACUGCGGUGUCUGGAGUAUCCUGGGCCUCCUCAAAGGCUCUCCUUUCAUGGCAGCCACGUCGGAUCAGGCAACACUGAGUGAGAUGCGAAGCGUGCGCCAGCAGAUCUCCGAGAGUUGGUGCCGCCUUGCUGGUGACUCCCGCUGCCCUAGGCUCCAGGCUUCUUCGUGGUGCCGCAUCUUCGACAUCAUGCUCCCCGGCGACAUUGGUGAUGCUGGCGAUGCCUCCAGUCCUUCCACUCCUGUCAAAAGAUGCAAGCAGGAGCCAAGCCAGGACUUCAAGUGCUUCGAGCAGCUCUCGCCGCCGAAGGUCUCAGCCACGGCACUCCGAGCAACUGCUGCUGGACUGGUCCGUCCAAGAUCAGAGACAGGUCCGAGUGUUCCACUGAAGCUGGAGCGGGCCGAUCCUGCCACAAGCACUGCAAACAUACUGGGGGAUCUUCGCAAGCCGCAGCAGGCCAAGAGCAGGAAGCCUCCUGCCUGUUCCAAUGUGCCAGAGUUCCAGAAGAUCAAGAAGGCGCCUGCUGCCCCUCUGAAAAGCGAGGCACUCGUCAAGCAGGAGGCUGCAGAUGACGACUGCGCCCAACACAAGGCCAAGAGGAGGAAGACAGGACAAGAGCAGCAGAGGCUUGUAGACAAGCUUGUAGAUGGGUCAAUGCCGGCUCAGGUAUCGACGCCCGGCCAAACUGACAAUGCCGACGGGCAGCAGAUCGUAUCGGCCCCACAAGAUGCAGGCGAGCCACAGCCCGUGUCGGACACAGAAGCGGCCGAGCAAGCGGGUAGCCAGGGUGAAGAUGAACAGCAGCCAGCAGAGCAAGACGUCCGCCAGCUGAUCUUGAAAGAUCCGUACUUGCGGAUGCUUCCGGAGGGCAGCUUGUGCAAGAGAUUCCCUGUUGAGUGCAGUCUGUGUGUGAGGGCAACCACUCGCAAGAAGGCAGUCUUCGACCUUGUCAGCUUAGAACGAACGAAGUUUUACUACCAGCACGUCCAGAGCGCUACCCAUCGCCGGCACCUUGCAGCCCGCGAAGGUGGCAACUCGAGUCGAUCAAGUGCAGGUGCUGUCAAAUCGAGUCGAUCAAGUGCAGGUGCUAUCGGUGCUGGAUCAGGUGCAGGUGCUGCAACGGCUGCUGCCAUGGAGGACGAGGCUACGGCAACUGCCGAGCCCCCUGCCUUGAAGUGCCAAGGGUUCCACGUCCAAAAGGCUCCACCAGAGGCCAAGCUGGCUUCGCUUCUCCCUGCCUUCGAGCUCUGGGCCGUGUACAAUCAGCUGAACAGUGGCCUGCACCAGAAAGAUGCCCGGAAGCAUCAAUACCAGCAUGACAUGACGACGGGCCACUUCAUCCUGAGACACUACGACUGUCAGGCAGACGAAGCCUAUGUGCCUGGGCCUGAUGUGCCGGCUCUGUGCGAGAAGUGCCGCAGCUUAGGUAACGAUCGAUGUGUUCUUCGCAUGGUGCAACGAUUCUAUGUCAAGCAUUGCGGUGCUCGACUCUUGGCAGCUAAACUCUUCGACAGCGACGACGUGGAACCUCUCACGCAAGAGAUCCGAGCCAGCCCCGUGUAUCAGUGUGCUGCGAGGUCUCUCGAGGCAUUGCUUGAGUUGGACAGAGCCGGCUUGCAGCAGUUCGUCCGUGCACAGUUCCUUAGCACAUCGCCCAGUUCCUGGUCUGCAGCUCUGGCCGACUUCAUCUCGGCGGUGGUGCGGCCGUGUCUCAAGGUCUCUGUGACGAACUGGAACAAACAGGUUGCUACCUCGAAGCACGGAUCCGUGAGGGCCCUCGCGGAUCGCCUAAGGCACCGGACGCUCUCCAGCAUCGAGGACAUCGAGCUCAAGCUGGCUUGUGCGGUCGCAGGCGGAGUGCUGCAUCAACACCCUGUGAUACAGGGCAUAUUAGUAGCUGCAGUUGAGCAAGCUCAACGAGCUGCACGAGGGAAGUCUGGUUUCCGCAGCCACAAACUGUGCGAGCUAGAACUCUCGCUCAUGGCAGAAGUGGGUGUGGCAAUCUCCAUGGCGGCGAACAAUGGGCACUUGCUCAAGCAGUUCGGCCUUGCAUUUGCUGUGCCCAAGGCUCCACUUGACAACCUGCACGGCGCCAACCUGCCGGAGCCGUUCCUGGCACUCCGAGACCCGGCCAUGCUUCAGGAGAACACGCUCAUCAUUGACUCGCAGUUCGGAUGCACGCCUCCCGAUGCCCCUAAAACCUCUGCCCGCUCCUGGGUGCUAGCCUUCGACCUCACAUACCUGGUCCGUGGCUUGGAUGUGGUGAAGCUCCGCCAAGGCAAAGGCUUCAUCGGCUCGGCCUUUCAUCCUUCCAGUCUCGCUUCCAGGUCGGCUUUGGAGAACGGUCCCGAGGAUGCGAUGGACAAGAUGGGCACUGGCUUCAUGGCCCUCAAAGACACGGAGGCCAGCUCGAAAGACACUGAGGCCACCUCCAACGUGGAGAACACGGACACCGGCAUUGUGGAUGCAUCCCGUGUAGACUAUGCGAAGCAGGUCCUGGAGUUCUUGGUGUGGAAACCUGCCUUGCAGAAGCUUCCUCGCUUUUCCUUGUGUUGCAUCCCCUUAGCCUACGACUACACGGCCAAAGAAUUGCUGACCAUGGUUGGCCACGUCCUCGAGUCUUGCAACCGCAUCAAGUGCAUCGUCUUUGACAAUGCUUCCACACACCACUUGGUGAAGAGCCUGCUAGUCGGUCAGCCAAUCAGUGCGUGCACAUCGCAGGAAUGGCGCCAGAUGCCAUUCUGGCGCCGUCUGACAUUCGAGAGCUUACCAGACUGCUGCCUGCCACGGUGGCCUUUCCGCAUUCCUCGGAUCGAGGGUGAGGCCGUGUAUGGGCUGAAUGGGCCAGCCCACAUUCAAAAGAAUUUCGUGGGCCAGUGUCGGUCACCCGCAAGAACGCUGCACUUUGGGUCCUACUGGGCUGACUGGACCUCGUGUCUAGACCUAUGUAUGCCGCCUGGAUCGUACCAAGGGUUCGACUUGCAGAGUGAUCUAGAAGCGGCCACGUUCCUCAACGCCUAUCACCUCAUCACGGAACUGACUGGAGAGAUCAGCGAGGUCAAGGUGCCCUGGGCCCUGACAGGUGCAUUGCUCCUCAAUCAUGAGCUCUCUGCAGCACAGCGACUCGAAAACGCGAUGACAUCCUUCAUCCUCCUCGACCUCGGUGACAUGCUGGCCCGUGAGAUGUGUGUGCAAAGGAACCUGCCUAAGGGCUCCCUGUGGCUUCACAAAACCACGCAAGGCAACCUGCAGCAACUCGCCGGCUUGGUGUCCAUUGCUUGCUGCACUCUGGUGCCCGGCACUGCCUGGCUUCCUUGGCGAAGUACGGAGCUGCACUUGGAGCAGUUCUUUGGCUAUCUCCGGUCCCAGUACAGCAGCUCCCAAAUGUCCAUGCGAGACUACCUCUACGCCAGCAGCCGACAAAUGCAACAAACAAGCAUGCGACUGAAGCAUAAUCCUCCUCAGCCGGUCGCCUACAAGGCCGAGGCCAGUGUUUCAGCCGAGGAGUAUGCAGCUUGUGCUCGGCGAGCUCUUGAUGCAGCUCUGCUGCUCACGGAGUGCUGCUCCGUACACAGCAAGCCGAAACUGCUCAAGUCGUACAUCGCCUACUGCACUCAGUUGAUGCAGGACAAUCCGGAGCCAGCUGACAUGGGGGCUGGACUGGACAUCGGGGACGAGGUCACCGAGGAAAACACCGAGGACUUCCCAGAGGAUGUAGAGCACCCGCCCGACAACCUGCAACAGGCGGACAUGACAGCCGCCGAUGCCGAGUGCUUGCAGCUCCUCGCACAGGUCAAGGCGAGGGAAAUCGCUGACGAGAUCUCCUGGCAGGACCCAAAACUGCCCGAAGUCAGUGCCCAAGAAGCUCAGCGCCUGGGAACUGGCAAGCAGCCCCUGCCGGAAGCAUUGGACAAGGAGAGCUGGGAAGAGGUCACUGCCGAGAAAGAUGCCGAGCCGGUGCCGCUGCUGAAGGAUGCUCGAUCUGGCAAGAUUCUAACAUUGUUCAUCAAUCUCGCACCUGAAAAUGCUGGUAUUUACAGCACUUGUCUUUGCGAAUUUCAUGUAUUUUUACUGUUUUUGGGUGUCUCGAUUUUCGUGCCCAAAACCUAG